CCAUUGGAUUAAACAUCGGUGGAACUAUCGAAGCUGCAUAUACAAGGUGGAGGCUGAAAAUCGAAUCAUUUAAGGCCCAAAAUAAUAUAAGCGAACAUAAGAAUCAAAAGGAUAAGAUGACAUCGUGUAAUGUGUUAAAUCAGGGUGCAAAG